AUGGUCACCUACUUCAAUGAUUAUGCCAAUCUGUGCUUUGAAAAGUUUGGGGACCAGGUGAAGCAUUGGAUAACUUUCAGUGAUCCUUGGUCAGUUGCAAAGGAAGGCUAUGAGACAGGACGACAUGCCCCUGGACUGAAACUCCGAGGUACUGGGGCAUACACAGCAGCACACCAUAUCAUUAAGUCCCAUGCAAAGGUCUGGCACUCUUACAACAAAACCUGGCGAAAAACACAGCAAGGGCUGGUGGGGAUUUCACUAACUUGCAACUGGGGGGAACCUGUGGACAUCACUAACCCAAAGGACAUUGAGGCUGCUGAAAGAUAUAUGCAGUUCUGUCUGGGCUGGUUUGCAAACCCCAUUUAUGCUGGAGACUACCCCCAAGCUAUGAAGGACUACAUUGGUAGAAAGAGUACAGAACAAGGCCUGGGGGUAUCAAGAUUACCAGUGUUCUCAAUCCAUGAAAAAAAUGACAUUAAAGGCACAUUUGACUUCUUGGGAUUAGGUCACUUUACUACUCGAUACAUCACAGAGAAGAAUCAUCCUUCCCGUCAAGGUCCAAGCUAUCAAAAUGACCGUGAUAUAGCAGAAUUAGUUGACCCAAACUGGCCAGAUUUAGGCUCUAACUGGCCACAUUUGGUGCCAUGGGGAUUUAGGAGGAUUCUCAACUUUGUUCAGACUCAAUAUGACAGUCCUCUCAUAUAUGUGACAGAAAAUGGUGUGUCUGAAAAACUGAGUCAUAUGCAGUUGUGUGAUGAGUGGAGAAUACAGUAUCUCAAAGGAUAUAUUAAUGAAAUGCUAAAAGAGCCCCUGUUACAUCACAUGCAAAUGGUCACAGAGAUUGUGGUACCUACAGUCUGCACAGUCUGCAUACUUUUAAGUGCAGUUCUACUGAUGUUCCUUCUUCGGAGGCAAAGCUAA